CUGGUGUUGGCUGCAGGUUCAUGAAUAGAUUGAAGAAAACAUGGCCAAUCGAGAUUACAUUAGCAGACCUAUUUGCAAUGGAAUUUCUGUUCCUGAAAAUAAAAUUAAUUCCUUAGUGGCUGAAGGUCAUGGACAACAAAUUCUAAAAGUACUACAGAAGUUCAGAGAACAAAAUAUAUUUUUUGACUUUAAAAUUAUUGUGAAAGAUGAAGUCAUUCCUUGUCAUCGUUGUGUACUGGCAGCUUGCAGUGAUUUUUUCAGAGCCAUGUUUGAAGUUAAUAUGAAAGAACGAGAUGAUGGCAAUGUUACUAUCAGUAAUCUAUCACCCAAGGCAGUGAAAGCUUUUCUUGAUUAUGCUUACACGGGAAAAACAGAGAUAACAAAUGAUAACGUGGAAAUGCUCUUCCAGCUGUCAUCAUUUCUUCAGGUUUCACUCCUUUCCAAAGCUUGCAGUGACUUUCUAAUAAAAAGUAUCGAUCUUGUCAAUUGCUUACAGUUGCUUUCUCUGUCAGAAAGUUAUGGUUCUGUCCGCUUAUUUGAUCAUGCACUAGAUUUUGUACAGCACCACUUUUCCCUGCUACUAAGAUCAAGUGACUUUUUGGAGAUGAAUUUUGAGAUAUUGCAAAAAUGUCUUGAAGCUGAUGAACUAAAUGUCCCUGAGGAAGAAUCAGUGUUGAAUGCUGUUCUUCAAUGGACCAAACAUAACAUAGAAACACGACAGAAAUAUCUGCCUAAUUUGAUCAAAAAAGUGAGGCUACACCAGUUACCUGAAAAGACUUUGCAAGACUUUCUGCACUCAGAAGAGUAUUUACUUAAAAGUGCUAAUUGUUCAGUAAUAAUCAAUGAUGCAGUCAAAAGUGUGCAAGACUUCAGCGGACUAUUUCCAGAUGCACGUCCUUCAACAACAGAAAAAUACAUAUUUGUUCAUAAAACUGAUGAAGACGGAGAAAACAGGCAUACAUUUUGCUACAACAUCAAAACAGAUAAAUGGAAAGAACUACCACAUACACACAUGAUUGAUCUUCCAGGGUCAAGCUUAUCUAGCUACGGAGAGAAAAUAUUUAUAACUGGAGGAUGCAACGGGAAUUGUUACAGGACAGUCAGGCUUCAUAUCGCUGAACCGUUUCAUGAUGCCACUGACCAAACCUGGUGCUACUGUCCAGUCCGCAAUGAAUUCUCCAUAGUGUCAGCUAUGAGAAAACCAAGGACAAUGCACACAUCUGUUGUCACCUUAAACCAGUUGUUUGUAAUAGGUGGAAAGACCAGAGGAGCUCAAGAAACCCGAAGUCUUUUAGAUGUAGAAUCAUAUAAUCCUCUCUCCAAAGACUGGAAAUCUGUAAGCCAAUUACCAAGAGGUAUCUACUAUCCAGAAGCAAGUGCAUGUCAGAAUAUAAUUUAUGUCCUUGGCUCAGAAGUGGAGAUUACUGAUGCCUUUAAUCCGUCUCUUGACUGUUUCUUUAAGUAUAACGCUAUGACUGAUCAGUGGUCGGAGCUUGUAGCAGAAUUUGGGCAGUUUUUCCAUGCAACUCUAAUCAAAGCUGUUCCAGUGAACUGCACGUUGUACAUAUGUGAUCUCUCCACCUACAAAGUCUACAGCUUUUGCCCAGAAACCUGUGUUUGGAAAGGGGAAGGAUCUUUUGAAUGUGCUGGCUUUAAUGCAGGGGCAGUUGGGACAGAAGACAAAAUUUAUAUCUUAGGUGGUGAUUAUGCUCCAGAAGAAAUCACAGACGAAGUUCAAGUCUACCACAGUAACAGGUCUGAGUGGGAAGAAGUUUCCCCAAUGCCAAGAGCCUUAACUGAAUUUUAUUGUCAGGUCAUUCAGUUUAAUAAAUAUAGGGACCCAUGGUCAUCUGUAAUGACAAUUUGCUCUGGAGAAUUUUGAAAUUCCUGAGUCAAAAUGAUCUAUUUAAAUGCACAAAUUUUAGAACAGAUUUUUUCAGUAUUAGUUUGCAGAAAAAUAUGUAUUAUUUUUGUUUUAAAUCUUCAGUUUAAAUUGUCUGCUAUAAAAAUGUUUCUGAAAG